CAAGUAACAUCAGGUGUUGAUGGAUAUUAAUAUAUUAUAUACGCGCGGGCUUGGCGUUGCAUUUGUGACUGUUGUUUUCGGAGUUUCGGACAGCAAUAUAUUAUUCUACAACAGCUAAGAGAAAAGCGUAUUCUGAUUUUAGAAGUACAUAGUUCAACGCACUUAUUGUUUCUCUUUUAUGGGUUGGGGUGUAUACAUUUUUUAGUGAAACUCGCCGCAGCAACUCUAAAAACAAAAUGAUUUAGUCGCAGGAGGACGCGGAAGACUGAAAAAAUUUUCAGUUGCUGUGAAGGAUGGACAAGGAUUGUAAAUCCACAAGCAUCUCAAAUGAAACGAAUGAGAAUCAGACUGAGGAGGUUAAUUUGCCUGAGGUAGUGGCCAGUUUGAAAAUGUUAGCUGUCGAUAUACCAGAGGAAGAUGAAGUAUCCCCAACAAACCCAAGACGAUCUCUCAGAAAAAGAGUUCCGCGAAAUCUUGAUUUUUCAACUCUUAACAGAAGAUGUAGCUUAAAACCCAAAAAACGAUCAUUCUCGGAAAUGGAAAAUGAAGAACAAAUCAAAGAAUAUUACUUGGAUAAAACUGUUAAGAAACAUACCAAUUCCUUGGAAACAAUUUUUGAGGAAAAAGAAGAUUCAAGUCAAUCUACAAAUUGUAUGAGUGUUAAACGAUUUAAGAGAAUGAUUCAGUUUACUCCAGAGCCAACAGAUUCAAAAAUCAAGAAAAGGAGAGAAAAAAUAAGAAAAGUUUUCGGUUCCAAGAUUAAUUAUAGGAAAAGACGAAAUGUUUCCAUGCAAGCUUUGCUGGACAAACUUAAUGGAUUGCAAAAUGACCUUUCUAUCAAUAAUGACACUAAGUGAAGUUAAGUACAAGGCUGAAAUCUAAUGGUUAAUUUUUGUGUACAUAUUAUAUAUGCAAGCACAAAUGUUUUUCCACGAGUAUAAGAAACAUCUCAUGCCUUGAGUAUUUCUUAUACUAGAAAUAUAGUUAAAAAAAAAAUUAAGUAAAUUAAAUUUUUUAAAUAAAUGAUUUUCUAAGUAUCUUCUAAUAGUUUUGUUCGUAUGGCUAUACAAUCAAAUGACAGGUUUAUAUUAAUUUAGUUUGUUUUUUAAUUAUCAUUACUUUUUAUAACUAUUUCUGAAUUUUGAGUAAAAUCUCAUGAUAGAGAAAACUGAGAUAUAUUACUUGAAAUAUUUUCUAAUAUUUUGUAAUCAGGCAGUAUGUAAAUAUAAACAGAUUUUUAUCAUAAACCAUAUAUGUAAAUUCAUACUUAGUAUAAGUACUAGUAUUCAUUAAAACAAUUUUAUAAAAAAAAA